AUGACAGACGGUCCGAGACAACGGAGCAGCACAGCGGGCUCUGCCAAGGAUGCUGCCGGAGAGAAGGAGUCUGGAGGAGUUGCGCUCAAGAAGGAGAUCGGGCUUGUGAGCGCCUGCGGUAUCAUCGUGGGUAACAUUAUCGGAUCGGGUAUCUUUGUCAGUCCAAAGGGAGUGAUGGAGAAUGCCAGCUCUGUGGGAGUGGCGUUGAUUGUCUGGAUCAUCACCGGCAUCAUCACGGCCAUCGGAGCACUGUGCUAUGCCGAGCUGGGGGUCACCAUUCCCAAAUCAGGGGGUGACUAUUCCUACGUCAAGGAUAUCUUUGGUGGACUGGCGGGGUUCUUGCGACUGUGGAUUGCCGUGUUGGUCAUUUACCCAACCAACCAGGCUGUGAUCGCUCUGACCUUCUCCAACUACGUUCUCCAGCCGCUGUUUCCCACCUGCUUUCCACCUGAGAAUGGCCUGCGGCUCCUGGCUGCCGUUUGUCUCUUGCUGCUCACAUGGGUGAACUGCUCCAGUGUGAGGUGGGCCACCAGAGUGCAGGACAUCUUCACCGCUGGGAAGCUGCUGGCGCUGGCGCUCAUCAUCGUCAUGGGCUUUGUGCAGAUCUGCAAGGGAGACUACUACUGGUUAGAGCCAGCCAAUGCCUUUGAGCCCUUCCAGGACUAUGAUGUGGGCUUGAUAGCGUUAGCCUUCCUACAAGGCUCCUUUGCCUAUGGAGGCUGGAACUUCCUCAACUAUGUCACAGAGGAGCUGGUGGAUCCCUAUGUCAACCUUCCACGUGCCAUCUUCAUCUCCAUCCCUCUCGUGACCUUCGUUUACGUCUUUGCCAACAUUGCUUAUGUCACAGCAAUGAGCCCCCAGGAGCUGCUUGCCUCAAAUGCUGUUGCUGUGACGUUUGGUGAAAAGCUGCUGGGUGUGAUGGCCUGGAUUAUGCCCAUCUCUGUGGCCCUUUCCACCUUUGGAGGAGUCAACGGUUCCCUUUUCACCUCUUCACGGUUGUUCUUUGCUGGAGCCAGAGAAGGCCAUCUCCCCAGCCUGCUUGCCAUGAUUCACGUGAAACGCUGCACUCCCAUCCCAGCUCUGCUCUUCACAUGUCUUUCCACCCUGUUAAUGCUGUGCACCAGUGACAUGUACACACUCAUCAACUACGUGGGCUUCAUCAACUACCUCUUCUACGGAGUCACUGUGGCCGGGCAGAUUGUCCUAAGGAUCAAACAGCCUGACAUGCACCGGCCAAUCAAGAUCAGCCUGAUUUGGCCUGUCAUCUACCUCAUCUUCUGGGCGUUCCUGCUCAUCUUUUCCCUUUACUCUGAGCCUAUCGUUUGUGGUAUUGGCCUUGCCAUAAUGCUUACCGGAGUCCCUGUGUAUUUCCUGGGGGUUUACUGGGACAACAAGCCACAAUGCUUUGACAAUUUUGUUGAUAAAAUGACAUACGUGGGCCAGAAGAUGUGUGUGGUCGUCUAUCCAGCUGAAAGUAAGAAGAAUGAAGAGGAGGGGGAGGAAAUGAAGGAAGUCACCUCUCCCCUUUCAAAAGAAGAAGCCGACAGCCACAAGUCAGGAGACUGCUGAAACCUCCACCCGAAUGCAAACACACAAUCUAGAGUUUGUUUACUGAUCAACACCUUGUCUUCAAUACUGAAUCAUUGAUGUUAUGUGCCAAAUGAAUGAAAGGUAAAGUAAUACGCAACGUCAAAACCACGCUCGGGGUCCAUCCAAAGUGCAAUAACACAAGGUUAGCACCUUCUAGCCCCCAUUGUCAAAGAUGGAGUUUUUUUUUCUAAACGGUUUCCUCCUCAUCAGCUGCUCCAGUAUCAACGUCACUCCGCUUCACUUCUAUGUCAACCCACUCCAUGUGACAUCGAUGUUUUUUUUAUCAAAAGACUCCUCCUGAACUGUGAGAUUCUUUUUUGAUCUGUUUGUCUCACACUGAACACACCAAAGCUGCAAUGUUGAUCCUCGAAGCAAACAAUCGGAUUCCGAACAUUUCAUGUCAUUACAUUUUGCAGGUUUUUUAUGUCACUUUAAUUAUGUCUCUUUAUUUUUAGUCAUUGUAAUUAGUGCUUGAAUAAUUUUCUUUAAUAGUUUUUUUUAAACACAAUAUUCUGUUGAUUCUGUGUUUCUUCUCUCUUUUCCUAAUAAUCUUUAAGGUGGGCGGGGUUUGUUUUUUACUCAAUUAACUGCAGAUAUAAAACACCUGGAGGUUUAAAUCUGUUAACAGUGCACACGUUUUCUUAAUUGCCUUAAUUAGAAUUGCUGCAUUUUUGGUUUCUGCUGCCACUGUGUUUCUACAGAAGUGGGUUUUUUAGUUAAAAAAAAAAAAGUAGAACAUUUCAAUUUUUUAUGAAAACAAAAUCCAACAAGUGACACUACACAAAUGAUGAAUGGUUUAAGUUAAAAACAAGGAAGAUGCAUGCAAAAGGUAGAAUCUGUGGGGUUGUGUUAGUUGUCAUACUUUACAGCACAUUUUCGUUUCCAAAGUGCAAAUCCCAACACCCUAUAUGUGAAGAGAGCCUGUGUGAACGCUAGUUUUUAAAACCAAAUUGUGUCCCAGUGAAAGUAUUUUUAUAGCUAACAUCUGUUGGAACAUGUUUGUGCUUUAUUUUAAGUUUGCAAAUGAACUGUCCAUUGAUUACAAACUUUAUGUUAAAUUCACACAAGAGGACGUUGGAGUGCAAUAUGGCUAAAGGCACCAACAAAAUCCCAUUUCCUGCAUUUGAGUUGCCUGGUCAUUUUUGUGAAGCACCUACAAAGCUGCAUUUGUUGAUGCAGUACUUUUGCACACGUAGAGGCCCAUCAAACUGGUUAGUUUUUCUAUUUUGUCUCUCAGGGGAUUUUCACUGCCUCCUGCUUACACUGCCUAAGUAACCAUGACGACCGAAUAGAUCUGAAUGAUGAAAAUCCAGUACGAUUGUGCUACCUGUCUGUAUUGGUGCUUUUAGACAUUUAUUCCCCAGGUGUCUCAUGUCUUAAAUAAUAAUGGCAGUUGUAUUUAAAAAAUUAUUCAUAUAAAAACCUUGGCCAGUAUUGUAAAGACUGUUCCCGUUAAGCUGUAAGUGGAACUAGGUGCCCUGGAUGUAUUUGGAAACACAAAGAUGUGUUUUUGGUUGUGUGCCGUACAGUUAUUGUGCAUUUUCAGUAUGUGAACAUGUCAAACUGUCUGUAUGUGGUCCCUUUGCUAAUAAAAAAAUACACAGAGUAAUUUCUAA